AUGGUCAACGUACCCAAGACCCGCAAGACCUACUGCGCUGGCCGCUCUUGCGGCAAGCAUACCCUCCACAAGGUCACCCAGUACAAGGCCGGCAAGGCUUCGGCUUUCGCUCAGGGAAAGCGCCGUUACGACCGCAAGCAGUCCGGUUACGGUGGUCAGACCAAGCCCGUCUUCCACAAGAAGGCGAAGACCACCAAGAAGGUCGUCCUCAGACUGGAGUGCUCCGUCUGCAAGCAGAAGAAGCAGCUUCCCCUCAAGCGCUGCAAGCACUUCGAGCUCGGUGGUGACAAGAAGACCAAGGGCGCUGCUCUCGUCUUCUAA